AUCAAUCUCCACCACCAAACAAACUUUAAUGGACUGAAAAAGACUCCCGAUCCAACACUGACCAACUCAUUUGGUUAACCCGUCACUCGCUUCCUUCAAUUCAACUCCAGAUCCGAAUACCCAAUUCUCCCGAGAAGGAGAAUGAAAAUGGAGUGCAAGGGCAAAUGUGUAAUCCUCAUUGCGGCGGUGUUAUUAGCGAGCUGGUGUUCGUUGGCGGCCGGAGAUGACUCGGAGAAGACGAAAGUGAGGACCGUGAGAGGGAAAAAAGAGUGUAUUAGAGGAUGGGAAUGUAAACAAUGGUCGGAGUAUUGCUGUAAUCAGACAAUUUCAGAUUUCUUUCAGACGUACCAAUUUGAGGAUCUGUUCUCGAAGAGAAAUGCGCCGGUUGCUCAUGCUGUUGGGUUUUGGGAUUACCAGUCUUUUAUUGCUGCUUCGACCCUUUUUCAGCAUCUUGGGUUUUGUACUACCGGAGGCAAGCUUAUGCAGAUGAAGGAACUGGCUGCGUUUUUAGGACAUGUCGGCAGCAAAACUUCUUGCGGUUAUGGAGUAGCUACAGGAGGACCAUUAGCUUAUGGACUUUGCUACAACAAGGAAAUGAGCCCUAGUCAGUCAUACUGUGAUGACUAUUACAAAUUAACCUAUCCUUGCACUCCUGGUGCUGAAUACUAUGGUCGUGGUGCCUUGCCAAUCUAUUGGAACUACAACUAUGGAAUUGUCGGAGAUGCUUUGAAGUUGGAUUUGUUACACCAUCCCGAGUACAUUGAGCAAAAUGCUACGAUUGCCUUCCAAGCUGCAAUUUGGAGGUGGAUGACCCCAAUGAAGAAGUCCCAACCAUCGGCCCAUGAUGUCUUUGUUGGCAACUGGAAACCCACCAAGAAUGACACUUUGAGCAAGCGGGUUCCUGGUUUUGGUACCACGAUGAAUGUUCUUUACGGGGAUCUUGUUUGUGGGCAGGGUGAUGUCGACGGAAUGAAUAACAUCGUAUCACAUUAUAUGUAUUACCUUGACUUGCUUGGUGUAGGCCGAGAAGAUGCUGGGCCUCAUGAAUUGCUCACUUGUGCCGAGCAGAAGGCGUUCAAUCCAACUCAUACCGAUCCUUCUUCAUCUUCUUGAGCUUCUGCGGACAGCUUUGACAGCCCUCAAAUUAUCAUUUUGGUGAUCUCUUAAUAUUGUAAGAUCAUUUUUCAGCUUUAUAUAUGUUUGUGAAAGCUAUGUUGCUUGCGUGCAGUAUAUAAUAAACAUUGAUUGUGUAGAUUAUUAAGAUUCAUCAAAUUCAAAGCCUAUUUUGUAAAACUGUAAUCAUCAUGUACUAAAUUUGUAUUCUAUUGCAGACAUACAUGAAGUUUGAAGGA